AGAUACAUACACACGCCCAUCUGCAUGGAUGUCAACCAUCUUACCUCUUCGUCACCUUAUUCGUCAAUGUGCGACAUGGAUGACGAUAGUUUGAUCAUUCCUUGAAGUUCCAUCGGGAGAUGGCUCAGCCCAGCAAUUGGUCGAAGUACGUCAUUAUCCUGUUCUGCAUGGCCAUGUCACCAGAUUGCUGCACGCUGAAUGUUGAGUCGAGGCAACCUCUGAGGAUGCGAACUACAAUACCCAAAGACCUCGCCCAACCCCUCUCACUGCUACUUGAUAACGGCUCCCUAGAGCAAGGGAGCACGUUGGAUGUCACGUUCAGAGGUCACCUGUGUCCUCCUGCCGAGCCCAAACAAGGAGACGUGAAACUUGUAGUCUCGCUCCACCUGGGCCAACAAGUCUACGAGGGCCGGGGGGCAGCUCAGAGCCAUGGGAGCUGGGAACGUGCACGGCUCCUGCUGAGAUCCUUGUCAGCGGCGGUGAGCAAAGUGGUCCUGAGAUGGCUGCCCUGCUUCUCUGUUGCAGACUCUUCUUGGGUAGACAUCGGGUUCGAGUUGAACUGCACCCUGCCUUCACGACGGGCCAUGCACACUAUAGGAAACCCGCGAGUCCCGAGCAACGAGAGCUCCCGGCGCCAGGUCGCUCUAGACGAGAAACUGAAGGACUUGGGGGUGAAUAUUUCCGAGCUACUCUUCUCCAAGACCUUUGACGGUUCUCCCGCUCGCAAGGCCUACUGGUCAUUCGUCAACCCACGGGAAGGGAUCCAAACUCACUCGCCCCUUGAACCCUUCGAGAAUGCUGUCAAACGAUAUGCUUCACAGAUUCUGUUCUUGGAUCGAGGGCACCGAGCUCGUCUGGCCGAGUUCCUGCGCACGGGGGAUGAGGCGAAGGCAGAGAAGGUGAACUCAUGCACAGUCAUUCACCCCGUCGUGCUCGUCCUAGACAACCUCCGAUCGGCACACAACGUUGGAAGCAUCAUAAGAACGGCAGAGACGGCAGGGGUGGAAAAGGUCGUUGCCUGCGGGAUCACCCCGCACCCUCCGAAUGGUAAGGUCCUCAAGACUGCCCUGAGAUCGGCAGAUUACGUGGAGGUAGAGCACGAGGACAGCACUCUCAAUGCAGUCAGGAAGCUCCUAUCCCGCAACUACUCCGUGUACGCCCUGGAGACUACUUCACAGAGCCGAGCCUACACGCUGGUCAACUUCUCGAAGCCCUGCGCCCUGAUCGUUGGCAACGAGUUGCUGGGGAUCUCUCCCGAGGUCUUGCAGGAGUGUAACCAACUCAUAGAAAUCCCCAUGUACGGGUUCAAGAACUCGAUGAACGUGGCUUGCGCUUGCCCUGUAGUCUUAUACGAGGUGCUCCGACAAUGGUACUCAACGUGA